CAUACUCAACCGUCAGACAGCAGAAGGACUGACAAGGGUCACCAAAAGAUCUGAAGAAAACGACUUGCCCAGACAAUCGCCAUCCAUCACAGGAGCAGAAGAAUAAAUUGAAGAUACUGUGGUGCUCUUCGGUGGCCUGACACCCAUGACAAAAAAGAUCAGCUCUGAUCUCCAAAGGAUUUAAUAACUAAACCAUUUAACUCUCCCCUAAAAAUGAAGGCAUUCAGCAUUGCAGUUGCAGUGACACUCGUGCUCGCCUUUAUUUGCAUUCUGGAGAGCUCUGCAGUCCCAUUCGCUGGGGUGCAAGAGCUGGAGGAGGCAGGGAGCAAUGACACUCCAGUGGCGGCACAUCAAGAAAUGUCAAUGGAAUCAUGGCUGAUGCCAAAUCACAUCAGGCAGAAGCGUCAGAGUCACCUCUCCAUGUGCCGCUAUUGCUGCAACUGCUGCAGGAACAACAAGGGCUGCGGCUUCUGCUGCAAGUUCUGAAGAUUCCCCUCAUCGACCACGAAACGUUAAUUUAUUACGCUUGUAAGAAAUGACCUUUUCUCAACAACUUCCUCCAAUGCAUCGCCAGCGCCACACUGUUUUGUAGGGUUUUUACGCGGUAUGAUUCAUGGAAGAGCACUGCAAACGGAUGAAGAGCUGCUCUUUGUAUUUAUUUUGUAUUUUUUUUUCAUACUUUCACCCUGUAAGUCUUUUUGUAAGCUCAAUGAUGUGGAAAUUUGUUUCUUAAAACAAUCCAGAUGUGACCAUUUCUUCACCAAAUGAAAUCUUAAGUGUUGAUAUUUGUUGCUAAAUAAAUAAUGACCAUUUGAA